AUGGCUCAAUGUCUUUAUCGCUUUCGUCGUGAAUGUCUUGUCUUUAUGAUCUCCAUUCUAGGUUUACCAGACGGUCUUGAAAGUGAGAAACGAUUCCAGCGUCCGUGGUUGACGUUAGGCGUCUGGCUUGCCCUUUUUGGCCAUUUGAUGGGCGCUGGCGAUAUCCUCACAUACUCCAACAGUAUCAUUACUGGCUUCCCAGACAUUGUACAGGCUGCAGUGUGGUUUGCUGGACGACCCGCUGUGGACUUUUUGCUCGCGUUAUUUGCCACGAUCGUCCAAGAGUUCGGCCGAACUUCCGAAAAGCCGGCGUUCAGCAAUAAUGCCGACAACGACGGUGAUGAAGAACAACAGCUUGUAACGCAUCCUAUCACUACCGCCACCACCGAGAAGGGAUGGCUUUGGCAUCCUGCCAUCUGGUAUGCUGCUUUACUCUCCCUACUAUCCAUUAUUGGGGGCUGGCAAAUCAAUAUCCAUCGAGGCUCGUUCUUCCAGGUCGCGUAUCCUGACUAUGUGCCUGAAACCGUUCCUGUCGGCUGCGUGAUUGGUCCAAGUUUGCUAAACCAGCAGCAGCAAACAGAACAUGAUCGAUGGUUAAAUCGAUCCACAAGUCUUGCUAAUGCAGGAGCCAAAUUGAUCGUAUGGUCCGAGGAAACGGGAUCCGCGAGCAGUCCACAGGAAGAAGCUGAUCUGCUUGAAAAGGCCCGAAAUCUUGCCCUGGAAAAACAAGUGUAUCUUGCUCUUACUUAUGACAAGGACCACGAAACCAACAUUUUGGAGAACAAGUUGGUUCUAGUAACGCCAAAGGGUGAAAUUGCCAUUAAUUACAAUAAGGCCCAUCCCGUACCAUUCGUUGAGCCACAACCGGCGGGAAAAGAAGAAAUCCAAUACGUGGAUACGCCAGAGUUCGGACGUGUCGGUGCUGCUAUCUGCUUUGAUUACAACUUUCCGUGGUAUAUCCGUCAAGCGAGUACGUGA